CGGUUUCUCCUUGACUUCAGCCUCCAUAUAUCAUUUGUUUCUGCUUAUACCAAUCCAGAAAAAUAAGAAAAGAAGAAAAACACAGAUUAAAAAAAAAAAAGUCAAAGAAAACGCCAUGGACGCCAUCGAUUCUGUCGUAGAUCCUCUUAGAGACUUUGCCAAGGACAGCAUUCGUCUCGUUAAGCGUUGCCACAAACCAGAUCGCAAAGAAUUCACGAAAGUGGCGGUCCGUACAGCUAUUGGGUUUGUAGUGAUGGGAUUUGUCGGAUUCUUUGUGAAGCUCAUCUUUAUUCCCAUCAACAACAUCAUCGUCGGUGCCACUUAAGAUAAACCAGGGAUGAUGGGAGGAGGCUAGUAGUUACAGCUUUGUUGUUUCAAGAAGACACUUCACUUUUUUUUUUUUGAUUCAGAUGCUCGAAAGAGUAAAGCUUUUGUUAAAAAUUGCAGAAUUCUAUUUAAUAUAUGUCACUGUUUUUAUUUUUACUUGGCUGUUGAAAAUUGCAUGUUUUUGUGUAUGUGGGUGAGACAAGGCUAACACUUAAUUUUGGUUACGAAACUUGCAUAAAAUCUACCAAG